AGAGCUGCAGUGAGGACAUUGCUGACAUUUCUCACCUAGAACAAGCCAGGUUGUGUGUGCAGUUCUGUGCUAACCUGGUGUGCUGAGAAACCAGAAUUCUAGCAGCCCAGCAGAGCCACCAUGGUGCACUGGACAGCCGAGGAGAAGCAGCUCAUCACCGGCCUCUGGGCCAAGGUCAACGUGGAGGAGUGUGGGGCUGAGGCUCUGGCCAGGCUGCUGAUCGUCUACCCCUGGACCCAGAGGUUCUUUGACAACUUUGGGAACCUGUCCAGCCCCACGGCCAUCCUGGGCAACCCCAAGGUGCGUGCCCAUGGCAAGAAGGUGCUGACCUCCUUUGGGGAGGCCGUCAAGAACCUGGACAGCAUCAAGAAAACCUUCGCCCAGCUGUCUGAGCUGCACUGUGAGAAGCUGCACGUGGACCCCGAGAACUUCAGGCUGCUGGGUGACAUCCUGGUCAUCGUGCUGGCCGCCCACUUCGGCAAGGACUUCACCCCCGCCUGCCAGGCCACGUGGCAGAAGCUGGUGGGGCUGGUGGCCCACGCCCUGGCCCUCAAGUACCACUAACGCCUCGGGAGGCAUCUGUGUGUGGCAGGCAAUAAAAAACACAUUUUCUGCA